AUUUCCACGCCGAUGUUCAACUUUCCUUUGUUCUCUUGCUUGCUCCAGAAAAAUACCUCAUCUCCAGGACUGGCGUCUCUCGCUACCUGCUCCUGCUGGGACCGCUUUGACGUGUUUCUGUGCACCAAUUGGCGUGGAGGAUUCAGUAAACUGUGGUCGGCAACAUGCGCAAAACACAUCGCCUACCCCGAAGUGAUGAAUGUGGAGAGCUUGUCAGCCGGGAGUGGAGCAGAAGCACCCCCGUCACGACGACACCGCCAACUAGAAAUUUCACGCUUCCCACCGAGAAAGCUCGACCUCCGUCACUUCUUUCUCUCUUCCUCCAUCUCAGCGCUUCUCAGCCGUACGGCUUCACUCUGCUUGCUUUCGCCCUUGGCGCCCACCUGUCCUUCUUUCUGACCGGCACUCUAUCCUCUGCAAGCUAAUCACCAUGUCUGUCGCCGCCGCUGCACUCCUCUUCCUCCCCGCGUUCGUCGCGGCGCAGGACCAGAGCUCGUUCCCCGAGACACCGCUCGCGAGCAAGACGUUCUCAUACCCGGAUGGCAUCCCCUACCAAGCCGACACUGACACGAACCUCGUUCGUGGCGGCCAGGCGGGUUACAACUUGUGCAACUCGACCACGGAGGGCGAUGACAGCAUGUGCCAGACCAGCUUCUUGAAUGCGCUCGACGACUUCUGCUUGUGGGCACCGUCCAAGAAGGACUCCAUGAUCUCCGACACGGAGGGCGAGGAGGUCGCCUGGUGCACGAAGCCCGGCCGUGGCACGCGCAUCAUCCCCGACGGCGCUCUCCAGGGUGUGCAGUUCAUGCGCACGCCGGACUACGUCCAGGUCGUCGGCUUCAUCGACCAGAGCAAGAUCAACAUCGCGGCGGAUGACUUCGGUGGCGAACUCGACCCGCACGGUGCCGACCUUCGCGGCAACCCCAUGGGCGGUCUCGUCUACUCCACCGCCUGGUCCGACAGCAACGACAGCUACACGCAGGUGAUCGAGUGGCACAACUUCAUGGGUGGCAACGCUUUCUGCUUCAAGGUCUGUGACCCGAGCAAGGAGCACGCGGCGGACUACUGCCAGCACAUCUACGACCGUAUCGGCUGCGCGUACAACGCGCCGAACAACGCCCAGAACGGCACCUUCGAGUCGUGCGAGGGCGACAACCAGGACUUCCCGGGCGUCUACACUGGCUCGGACGGCCAGACGACCACCUGGACGCAGCCGCCCGAGAGCGAGGGCGAGAUCUCCACGAUCCCCUUCAGCGCCAAGGUCCCCGCCUCCAGCAACUGCCAGUCCUUCUCUAGCGAGGAGCUUUUCAAGGCGGCGGCGAGCUCGGGCGCGUCUGGCUCUGGUGGCAGCGGCUCGGGGAGCGGCGCGUCUUCGACUGCCGGCAGCUCCAGCGCGGACGCCAGCGGCAGCAACGCCGCCUCGAUGCUCCGCGCCCCCGAGGGCCAGGGCAUCGCCUGGAUGGGUGUCCUGUGGGCCACCGUCGCGGUCGCCAUGGGCGGUGUCGCCGUCUUCGCGUAAGGUAGUCGCCUUCGUCUGAAGUACCUACCGCCCUACCCUACCUACUAACCAACUUGUACGACCGACUCGCGUACCAUUUCUGACACUACGCGUCCCAUUCCUGCCACUACGCGUACCAUUCCUGACACUACACGCCCCAUCCUGACUCUGCCUACCUAUCGCACGGACCGUAACCCGCACGCCUCGCACGGACGACCUGGAUGGGCGCCCUGAUAUUAUGUACGAUGCCCGAACGCACUCGGGCUAAUGUGGACUAUUGUGCAUAGUGAUACCACCUUACUUUGUCUGCAUGAGCAACUUAGACCUUCCAUUCCUUCUC